UCAGAAAUUGCUUUUGAUGGCUUAGGGACUCCUCCAAGAGACUCCAGCUGUUUUGUUUCUGCUAAAGAACGUCCCGCCUACCCCACUCUCGUACUUUGGGACUGAGCGAUGUGCCCUGCUCUGCGGUCAGUGGCUCCAGCUUCCUCUGUGGGUAAAAAGAUGGCUUAUCAGAAGGUCAAUGCAGAUUUAAGAACCUCAGGAAACUCACCUUACUUAGACAAUGACGACAUCCCAGCCACUGCCCUUGACUUAGAGUGGGAUAUGGAGAAAGAACUGGAAGAACCUGGCUUUGACCAGUUCCAGCAAGAUAAUGCUGAGACUCAGAACUUGGGGCACUCAGAAACUUUAGACCUCCAUCUUGAUUCCAUUCAACCAGCUGCUUCACCCAAAGGAAGGUUCCAGAGACUUGAAGAAGAGCCUGACUAUGUUACCCACUACCCAAGAUCGGCACCAAAGAGCAAACACUGCAACUUUUGCUACCUUUUAAAAAUAGUUUGCACAGCCACAACUUUAUUUAUUUCUGGAAUUCUAAUAGGUUAUUAUGCACAUAUGAAUUGCCCUUCUGAUGACACACCAUCAGGAACAAAGGACCUUCAGUUAUACCAGGAUAUUCUUAAGACAAUCAAAGCAGAAGAUAUUAAGAAGUCUUUCAGAAAUUUGGUACAACUCUAUAAAAGUGAAGAUGACAUGGAAAUUCCAAAGAAGAUUAAGACUCACUGGGCUGCACUGGGCUUGGAAGAUACACAGCUUUUGAACUAUUCAGUGCUGCUGGAUUUCCCUGGGCCCUCUCCAGGCACCAUCACGGUGAGCAGCACUGGCCAGUGUUUUUAUCCUGAUGGCCAACCUUGCAGGGAAAAAGCCAGAAAAGGCCAUAGCCAAGAUCUGCUCUCCUCAUACGCAGCCUAUUCUGCCAAAGGAACUCUCCAGGCUGAUGUCAUUGAUGUGAGUUAUGGAACUGCAGAUGAUUUGAAAAGGAUUACAAAAUUGAAAAAUACAACAAAUCAAAUUGCACUCCUGAAAUUAGGAAAAUUACCACUACUCUAUAAGAUUUCCUUACUGGAAAAGGCUGGGUUUGGAGGUGCUCUUCUCUACACUGAUCCUUGUGAUGUACCACAGUCUGAAGAUCUUAGCUCUGAGACCUUUAUGGUGACGCUAAAUCCAGGAGGAGACCCUUCUACACCUGGGUAUCCUAGUCUUGAUGGAAACUUUAGACAGAGCCGACCAAACCUCACCUCCCUGUUAGUGCAGCCCAUCUCAGCGUCCUUUGCUAAAAAACUGAUUGCUUUGCCGAAACUGAGAAUGGAUGAUGAUACCUGCAGCCCUCUGGAGCUUCCAUAUAAUGAAAAAAGAACUGUCAGUUUGCAAGUGCAGACAGUCAUGGAAUUUAAACCAGUGACUAAUGUUGUUGGGUGUCUAAGAGGCUGGACGUCACCAGACCGGUAUGUUAUAGUUGGCAGUAACCACCAUGCUGGAUACGGUUAUAAUGGACAGGAAUGGGCCAGCAGUACAGCAGUCAUCACAGCGUUUAUCCAAGCCUUGAUGUUAAGAGUGAAUAAAGGAUGGAGACCAGAGCGUACCAUUGUUUUCUGCUCGUGGGGAGGAACGACUUGGGGCAACAUUGGCUCCUAUGAAUGGGGAGAGGAUCUUGCGAAGGUUCUACAAAAGAAUGCUGUCGCUUACAUUAGCCUUCAUAGUCCUGUGCGCGGCAAUAGCAGUCUGCAUCCAGUAGCAUCUCCAUCUCUGCAACAACUGGUUCUAGAGACAAUUAAGUUCAACUGUACCCGAAAAUCUCAGUGCCCAGGAGCCAACGUCAGCUCUGUACAGAUACAAGGUGAUGCUGAUUAUUUCAUCAACCAUCUUGGAGUUCCAGCUGUGCAGUUUACUUAUGAGGACAUCAAAACAUUAGAGGGUCCAAGUUUUCUCUCUGAAGCCAUUUUUCCUAAACACGCAACCAAAAUUGAAGAAGUUGAUCCAUCUUUCAGACUCCAUGAAGCCAUUACUAAGCUCUCAGGAGAAGUAAUUUUACGAAUUGCCAGUGAACCUGUUCUUCCCUUCAGUACCCUUGAUAUAGCCCUGGGAGUUCAAAACAGCCUUAGAGGUGAUGAGCCCAGUGUCCCUCAUCUACUUGCCAUGGCAUCACACCUGAGGGAGAGUGCUGAAAUCUUCCAGUCAGAUGAGAUGCGGCCUGCUAAUGACCCAAAGGAAAGAGCUCCCAGCCGUGUCCGAAUGCUCAAUGACAUCCUUCAAGACCUGGAGAAGAACUUUCUGAUAACACAAGUGCCACCAGGAUUUUAUAGAAACAUCCUGUAUCAUCUUGAUGCGAAGACAAGGCAGUUUUCCAUCAUCAAGGAGGCUUGGGAGCAGUGCAGUUCGCUGGCCUCAAAUGAGACCAUUCAAGAGACCCUGUCCGAUGUGCUGAAUAGCAUCCAUUCAGCUCAAGUUUUCCUCAAAGCAGGAUUGAAUGUGUUUGAGAGUGUCUUGGUUGAAAAGAACUGA